AUCUUUGCCAAGCUCUCCGACUGUUCUUGUUCCAUUCUACUGCGACCAAAUAACAUGACGGCACCAGCAGCUUCAUAUCCCAUAGCUGGUUUCGUGUAUUUUAUAGCUCAUCCUCAGUUAUGGCCAAAGGUGUUGUGCCCAUUCCUUCUCACAUUGUUAGUCGGGAUCGCAUCGCUUGUAUUAUCCUUCGUGUUCUUACUACCAUUACAAGCACACGCACUUAUCAAUGCAAAAUGUCCUGUGUGGUUGGCCUGGCUCGUAUCCGUGAUUUUUGUUUUGUUAGAGUCAGUCGUCAUAGAUCUGCUCGCUUUUGCCAUCAUCACGCCGAUCUAUAUCGAUAUUCUAUUUGACAAGACAUUAAAGGUCAGAGGUCUGAGAAGAAUGUUCGACACAAGAGUCAAAGUACACGAUGCUCUUGUUUGCUGUCGUGGGGUAACUGCUGGCGUUAUCAUGCUUUGGUUUCUUUUAAUAGCACAGGUGCUCGUUUUACUCUUGACUUUGCCAUUACACCUUAUCCCUGUUAUUGGGACAGUUUUCGCGUGUUACAUCAACGGAUGGGUAGCUUGCUGGGGACAUCAUAUACAUUAUGAUUUGGAGUUCCGUGGAUGGACCGUUGCUGAUUCGAGACGGUAUGCAUGGCAGCGCAAAUCGGAAUACGCCAGUUUUGGUGCCGUUGCAGUGGCCUUAGAGUUGAUACCAUUUUUCAACCUAUUCUUCAUGUGGACAAAUGCAGUAGGAGCUGCGUUAUGGGUUGCGGAUCAGUAUGAAGAGAAUGAAAGGGCCAUUGCUUCCCAGUCACCUUCAAUUGAAGGCCAGCUUUCACCUGAACCCUAUGGUAGAACAGCACCCCCAACAGCAGCUCCGUCUGCAGCCACCUUAUAUCCAGAUGAAAGCACGCACCUUGUACAUAAAAAAUGAAAGCAUGGCUGGCUCGGAGAGCAGCAUUAGCUUGCAGACAUGUUUCACAUUAUUUCUUCUUUUGUCGUGUGAUACGGUAAAGAAACAUUUCAAGUUUCAGUUUUGACCGGCUUCGCAUUCCUUUUUUUUUU